ACAAUGGCCGACUCAGCAGCCGACAUGGAAGGCCACAGCUCGUCCUCGUCCUCGGCCGUGCAAACGGCAAAGGACCUCUUCUCGGGCGCCGCCGGCGGUGUUGCCCAGGUGCUGAUCGGCCAACCCUUCGACAUCGUCAAGGUCCGCCUGCAGACCUCGCAAGCCUACCCCUCGGCCCUCGCCGCCGCGACGUCCAUCUACCGCAACGAGGGACCGUUGGCCUUCUACAAGGGCACCCUGACGCCCCUCCUCGGCAUCGGCGCGUGCGUGUCCAUCCAGUUCGGCGCCUUCCACGCCGCCCGCCGCUGGCUGGAGCAACGCAAGGCGGGGACGGCCGGGACGGGGGCGGCGGCACCCCAACUCGGAUACGGCGAGUACUACGCGGCGGGCGCCUUCGCGGGCGUGGCCAACACGGUCCUGUCGAGCCCGAUCGAGCACGUCCGGAUCCGGCUGCAGACGCAGCCGCACGGCGCGGCGCGGCUGUACAGCGGGCCGUGGGACUGCGUGCGCCAGCUGUCGGCGCGCCGGGGGGGCGGCGGCGUCGCGCGGGGCCUGUACCGCGGCUCGGCCGUCACGGUGCUGCGCGAGGCCCAGGCGUACGGCGUGUGGUUCCUGACCUUCGAGUGGCUGAUGAACUCGGACGCGGCCCGGAACGGCAUCGAGCGCAAGGACAUUGCCAACUGGAAGGUCGCCCUCUACGGCGGCCUGGCCGGCGAGGCCCUCUGGCUCGGCAGCUACCCCUUCGACGUGGUCAAGAGCAAGAUGCAGACGGACGGCUUCGGGCCCGACCAGAGGUACAAGACGAUGCGCGACUGCUUCGCCCAGACCUGGCGCGCCGAGGGCAUGAGGGGCUUCUGGAAGGGUAUCGGGCCGACCCUGCUGCGUGCCAUGCCCGUUUCCGCGGGCACCUUUGCCGUGGUCGAGAUGACGAUGCGGGCGAUCAACUAAAUGGGGAGAGCGCAUAGGAAGGAGAGGAAAGGAACACUUCAACGAGUUGGACCCCAGGGUUUGGGUUUGGGUGAACGGAGAGUCGAGGACAUCGGUCUAGAUAUGGAUGGAUGGGUGCAUCGGUUUAGAGAGUAGGGGAAGGACCCUUCAACGGGGCCAGGACGGCUGCUUGAAGGAAACAGGCGCCGGGGUCCGAGCCAAGGGCAGGGCGAGAGAGGGGGAGAGAGAGAGAGAGAGAGAGGGCACAAGAUACCAUUUCGGGAAGAAUAAUCCCACCAUAAACAUUGUAUAUAUUUGGAUACCUGCCGCUUAUUCGGCGUUUUCUACCCUGCGCUGCAAUAUCUGCCUCGCGUUGGCCGAGGUC